ACAGGAGACAUAGACGCACAUGAGCGUACCGCCGUUAAAACCAACGGCUAAUGUACGCGUUAUUAAAACAGGUGUAAGCGCGCUUUAGACGUCAAAGCUGACGGCGAUUAUUUGCUUCGCAAUUAUUGUUGUUCAGUGGCUCAAGCUCGCUCUCAUAGCUAACCUGCCACUCUUCGUAACCUCGCCGGACUCGGCCACGGAAUCAAUUCCAACCGGAGUUUGGUAUCCAGUUCGCGUUUAAUCGGGCCCUUCUGAUGAUUGAGAUCUAGACUACUGUAGCUUGGUUUCGGAGGAAAGUGCUCGUAGAAUGCCACUACUCAGCUUACGAUGGGUGCCAAAAGAUAUAGGUGCUUUCUGAGUUCUGGAGCAGCAGACACUAUCGAGGUUUUUGGGGGCCUAAAGAGCUGUUACGCCAUUUGAAUAGGUAUUUUCAAAUGCAAGAGUGAGUAGGCUAGUGAUUUAGUCGAUGGAGAUGAGCAGCUUUAGGCCAGAUUUGCAUGUAGCGCAGCAAAGCCGGCGUGAUAAGUUGAGAGUGCCACAAGGUUCAAACCCAACCCUCCGUUUAGAAGAUUUCCCUGACAAUUUGGAACAAUUACCGUUCAACCUGAGGCUAAACCCAGAUCUUGUUCAAGUUCGAAAUGUUAAUAAUGCCAGUUUACUUUAUGACCCAACUGUUUAUUCACCAGAAAUGGUCAAUAUUUCAAUGAAGUCAAAUGUUAUAUCAAUGCAACGAGAUGCCAUGGUACACCAAGAAAUAGAUGCCGCUCAAAUUGGAAGGCCUAUUGUAGCCGAGGAUGCUCCAUUUGCGAAUUCAUCCCUCCCAAUGUCAUCCAAUUUUAAUCCUUUAUCUAAAGCCUCCAUUGAGCCACAGAAUUGUGGAGAUUGGAAAAGCCUUGGUUCACAGCAAAACUGUGAUUGGAUGGUGAGCUAUGCAAGUGGUUCAGUGGGCAGUGAGAGCAAUACUCCAAGUCCUAUGUUUUUUGGGGAAGUAAGCAACAUUUCUGCGUAUCCAAAAUAUAUGAAACCUAGUUAUAAUGAGUUCCAAGACGUUCGGUCUCCAUUGAAGAAUCCAUGUAGUGAGAUUUCAGGUCAAGAUGGACAAAAGCAUUCAAGGGAGAUGCCUUUUACAUCUGUAGUUUACCAAAAUAGUUUCCAAGAUGGUUUCUUAUCCGCUUCUAACAGAACCCAUGGAAUAGAAAUGGCUUCUCAUGUGCAGCAGAACGUCAGAGACACUGCUCGUGGUACAUGGGCGGAGGGUGUGAAUGAACUUGCUCUACUUCCAACAUAUGGAAAUCAGUCAGACGUGUUAUGUUUCAAUGAUUCUAGUGCUUGGACAAAUAGACCAGUUGGGAAUUGCCAUCAGUGGGGUGGUCAGUUGGGUUUUCCAGUUAAAAAGAGUGAUGGAGAAUUGAGGAAUAUUGUGAGUGAUUCCAAUCCACAGGGUCUAUCUCUAUCGCUUUCAUCAAAUUCAACUUCAAAACUGCCUGUAGCUCAGUUUGGAGAGGGAUGUGGUUCAGAAGAUUUACACUCAAGGGCUACAGUUUCAAAAGAUCCUCAAGAUUUGAAAGCUAUGAAGUCUGGUUAUUUUUGUGCUGUAGCAAAGCCAUCUAUAAUCAGUAAAGGAUGUGGAAAACCUCUUGAAGAUAUAGUCGGGAUUUCUAGUAACACUUAUCGAAACACAGGUCCUCUCGGCCCAUUCACUGGAUAUGCAACUAUUUUGAAGAGUUCAAAGUUCUUGAAGCCCGCUCAGCAGCUGUUGGAUGAACUCUGUGGCACAAGUGGCUCAAAAAUCACCAAAACAUGUGAGCUGUCUGUGAGGAUGUCUGGAGAAGUUCGUUCUUCAGGUGAUGCUUUGAAUGCGACUGAAACUGAGGUUGGCCCAAUCGGUAAUAAUUCAGGUGCUUCGUCCUCCACAUUUUAUCGUUCGAAUGACAUAAAUGGUGAGGGCAGAGUUGCGAGUAGCUCUUGUGAGUCUUUGUGGCCUGAGUACCAACAAAAGAAGGCAAAACUCAUAUAUAUGCAGGAGGAGGUUUGCAGAAGGUACAAGCAAUACCAUCAGCAAAUGCAGAUGGUGGUUUCAUCGUUUGAAUCAGUAGCAGGUCUCAGUUCUGCCACCCCUUACGUCUCUUUGGCUCUCAGGUCGGUUUCUAGGCACUUCCGAUUCCUGAAGAAUGCCAUCACAGACCAGCUGAAGUAUAUAAGAAAAGCAACAGGGGAGGAUUUGUCAUCGCCUACCACUGGCACAAGCAAUUGUAAGGGUGAUGCAAAUACACCAAAGCUAAGGUACUUGGAUCAGAGCUUGCAAAGGCACAAAUAUGGUGGGGGCAAUGUGGGCUAUCUUGAAACCCAACAACACGUCUGGAGGCCCCAGAGAGGCCUCCCAGAACGUUCAGUGGCAAUACUUAGAGCUUGGCUAUUUGAGCAUUUUCUUCACCCGUACCCCACUGACACAGACAAGCACAUGUUAGCCACUCAAACAGGUCUAUCUCGAAACCAGGUGUCAAACUGGUUCAUAAAUGCCCGAGUACGGGUCUGGAAGCCAAUGGUAGAAGAAAUACACAUGCUCGAAACCAAAGGCUUGGCAGAUGCCAACCAAAAUCCAAGCAAGAAUGAUAAAAACUCUGCUGUUGAAGGUAACAACCAUCCUGAUCAUGAUCAAUCCUCCAACAAUCCAAGUAAUAAGCAAAUGGAAUGCUUAGGGACAGGCUCGGCCCUGAGCACGGGACGUGGACGUAGUGCGGAACAGUGGAACCAAGAGAAGCGGUCGAGAAUAGAUUGUCAGAUUCCAACAAGCAUGGAUGGGUCAUCAAUGGGUUUUAUGCCGUACCAGAGAAAUGGACUUGAGAGUAGUGGACCAGGAGCUGUGUCCCUUACCCUGGGUCUCAGGCAUGGUGCAGAGAAUGCACAGCAUCAGCAACCGCAGUUGCAACAGCAGGAGGAUCACCUUAUUAGAAGGGAAUUUGGAGGCAUGAUUCAUGAGUUUGUAGGUUGAUGUACAUUAACCUUACCAUUUUUUCUUUUGGGGGGGCAGGGAGGGAUGGAAAUGAGUGUUCAAUGAAUGAUGCAUUGGCUAGGGCAACUGUUUGUUGGCAUUUGACAAGAAAUAGAUGGUUUCAAGAAUAGGUUAAUUUCUGAGAUGAGACAUCCCAUGUUAAUAGAUUCUGAAUGCCGAUGCGUGAAGGUGAGACCAUUCAUCUCUUUAUGUGCAUGGCUCCAAUCACCCGAUGUCAUUUUGUAAUGUAAGUUUCAUGCAAUUUUCCGCGAUGCAGUGGUUCCCUCUUAUUACAAGAAACAGAAGUUGAUACCCUCACCUUUAGCUGCAUUUCUGUAAUCCUUGUAUGAAAGAAUUCCUAAGAUAAGAUAGAGAGAAAUGUUGGCCUACA